GACGGUGGCGAUCGUACGACGGCGACGCACGCACCACCACGCACGGACGGUCGGUCGGCCGGACGUUCUGUCAAACGGUCGCGCGACGACGGUCGGUGGUCGACGACGCGUCCACGACCGUGGUGUGACGGCGGCCAAGAAACGAGGGCGGCCUACGAGCGAUAUCUCCCUACGUGUCUGAUGAGCUCCACUGACGUCGCGCCGCUGCUGCUGCUGCUGGUGGUAAGAUGGCUGUGCAGCUGGACGGAGGAGGGAAGGAGGACCUGAAAACACAAUUCGUCACGCGGGAGGGCACCUACAAGCUGAUGACCCUGUCGGAGUACUCGAGACCGAACCGAGUCGGCUACACCAGCAGCCAGGGCAGCGCGUCCGUCCGGGUGUCCUUCGUCACGCUGCCGGACCCAGCGGACCCCACGGGCGCGCAGGGCCUCGGCGACCGAAUGUGCUUCAACUUCGGCAAGGAGCUCUACGUCUACGUCUAUCGCGGCGUCAAGAAGGCUGUAGACUUGAACAAACCGGUGGACAAAAAGCUAUAUAAGGGAACUAAUCCGACCUGCCACAAUUUUAAUCAAACAACAGCGACAGCCGAUAGCGCUCCACUGCUGGUGGGAUUUUCCACGGGGCAGAUACAGCUGAUCGAUCCGAUAAAGAAGGACAGCUCUCAACUCAGCAAAUUGUAUAAUGAAGACAGGCUGAUCGACAAGAGCAAGGUGACAUGUAUAAAGUGGGUUCCCGGCUCGAACAACCUGUUUCUGGUCUCUCAUAGCUCCGGUCAGCUGUAUCUCUAUAACGAAGAGCUGCUCUGCGGCACCACCGCGCCGCACUAUCAGUCAUUCAAGUCGGGUGACGGAUACGCCAUAUAUACCUGCAAAACUAAAUCCACCAGGAACCCGCUGUAUCGGUGGGUGAUCGGCGCGGAGGGGUGUUGUAUAAAUGAGUUCGCCUUUAGUCCGUGCGGCACGAACUUGGCCGUGGUGUCGCAGGAUGGAUUCCUGCGUGUUUUUCAAUACAACACCAUGGAGCUGGUCGGCUCGGCGAGGAGCUACUUCGGUGGCUUUUUGUGCGUGUGCUGGUCGCCGGACGGACGUUACGUGGUGGUGGGUGGCGAGGACGAUCUGGUGACCAUUUGGAGCUUCCACGAGAAGCGGGUCGUGGCGCGGGGGCAGGGCCAUCACAGUUGGGUGAGCGUGGUCGCCUUCGAUCCGUACACGACGUCCUACGGCGAUCACGAUCCCGACUUCAGCGGUUCGGACGACGAGACGACGAUGCCGCACAACAAUCACAAUCACUUCCACGAGAAGUCGCACCGUCUGUCCACGACCUCGCAGAGCGGCGGCGUUCACUCGAAUCGCAACUCCUGCGGCUCCGAGUUGAGAAUGUCCGGUGGCACGUGCUACAGGUUAGGCAGUGUAUCGCAGGACACCCAGCUGUGCCUGUGGGACAUCACGGAGGACGUGCUGAGGCAACCGGUGUGCGCCAAGCAGAGGCCAUCUGCGGCGUGCAGCACCAGCGGCGGCACCCUCUCGUCCUCGGGCACGUUCAACAGUGGCAACGGGGCGGCGACAACGGUGAAUCACCAUUCAAACUCGAAUGCUAAACAUAAUAACUCGAAUAAUGUAAACUUCAAGGAGAACGCGAGUGGUAAUAACGAGACUAGUAACAAUAGCACUAGCACGAACGCCGCGGUGGCGACUGUGAAUUCGCUGACGCAGAGGCUAGCGGGUCUUGGCUUCGGCGAGCGUAAGGGUGAUAAUCACAAGAGAAACUUUAGCCUCACUAUGCGUGGCGGCGGGACCGGUGCGACGGCGACGACGACGGCCAACAACAGCACGACGACGGUCGUGCAGAACAAUGGUGGCGACAAGACGAGCACCGGUAACUCGACGAGUACGACGAGUAGUAGUCUGAACAACAGUGUCGGUGGGAGUUUAGUAGGUGGGACGGGAAGUAAAAAGGUUAGUUCCGUGAUGGACGAUCCCAUGAGGUUGAUAGGGACCGCCUGGUGUCCCAGGUUCGACGAGUGCCCGGUCCUCGAGCCGCUGGUGUGCAAGAAGCUGGCGCACGAGAGACUGACUGAAUUAGUGUUUAGGGAAGAUUGCUUCGUGACGGCGUGUCAGGAUGGAUACGUGUACACGUGGGCGAGGCCCGGCCACAUGGUAGGUCCUCUCACGAUAAGCAGCACCCUGCACAGGCCAUCACACCAUCAUAGCAACAACCCCUACACUAGUAAUAUCAAUUCCAUGCGAUGUAACGACCUCUGAUGUAACCCGUUAUUUCCAAAUCGUUAUUUAGCGAGUCCAUUGAGUAGAGUCUGUUGGUCGGAAGUUCCGAGAAUUCUGUACAUAUAUACGUAGAGUUAUAGAAUCUAAAAACGAUGUUAUCAAAAAAAAAGUGGCACAGGAAAAUCUUGUAAUGUUUUCGGAUAGUCUUCGUCUUCCUUCCCGCUUGCCGUGGUGACGUCUUGAAGACAAAUGAUUGUUCUGGUUUGCGGAAGUAUUAGAACAACAUUGACGAAUUCGGUAUUACCUUGCCGGGUGUUUGAUAUGACGAUCGCGUUGCUGUCAUUUAAGUUUUACAUAUUACAAUCAGUAUAUUUAAUCUUAGAGAGAGAGAAAGAGAGAGAGUAUCCCUAUUCAAGUCUACGACCUUAGGGUGUAUAAUUGCGUUUGAAUUCUAUUAGUAUUGGGAGGUGCCAUUCGUAGAGAAAGCAUUGUGAGGAUUUUUUUUUAGUAUUUUUCUCUAAGUUUAUAUUGUGUAUAUAAUUACAGAAGAACAUGGACGGACGAUACUAUGAGUGAACGAGUUUGUAGUUUAAAAUGUAUCUAUUAUCGGGCCCCUUGGACUUCACAGGGCGUCUUUUUUUUAAUAGAUAUUUUUUAAUCUUUUUUUUGUUGAAUGUUUUAAAAUCUUUGUACGUAUAAUGAUGAACACCUUUCGAUGAAUCUUGCCUUUUACUCGGGACAUUCCACUAGAUCAGAUAAAUUCGCAAUGUUUUUGAAUACAGAUCUAUUACCUGAAAUGAGUGCAUGAAGAUAGACAUUUCAAAUUAAGUAGUGUAGAGCGCGCACAUACAUUAUGGUAUUUGUUUUUUUUCGGAUGCAUUAAUAUAUAGUUUUGAUUAAUGUUAUUCUUUUGCGAGGAACGGAGGAGCUUUAAUUUAUAUCUUCUAUUUAGAUGUUAUCAAUUCCAUAAUACCUGAUUAGUGCAUGCGCUGCAAAUGAAAGAAAAAAAUAAAACCACUCACGGUAUGUGCUUAAAGUUCAUUCAUAGUAUAGGCUGUCGUUGAUAUCUAUGCCUAAUGAUAAUGUCUGGUCAAGAUAUAUUCUCGCGAUGAAUUAUUGCAGAAUUACGCGAGCUAUGUAGGAUAGAGAUCGAAUAUUGAUAUAUUUAUGUUUUUUUUUUGGUUUGCAUCCUCGAGAGCAAUGUUGUUUGAGCCCCAUGAGGUCUCGUGACAGGGCAGGCCCCUUUAUCGAAGAACAAAAAACCUCUUCUUUCUAUCUUCUGUAAAGUGUUAUUUAGCUUUAGCCGACCAUUGAUAGAGAAGUUCAACGGAAGAGAAAAAAGAAUAGAAUUAUCUAGCCAAAAAAAAAAACUCUGUCGUCACUCACAGACUUACGAGAUGCGAGAACGUUUAAUCCUUUGUUGAAAACGAUGAAUUUUGCCUUGUUGUACAAUAAAGCGAAAAUUUGAAUGAA